CGCGCCAGCCAAUGGCGGCUCUCGGAGGCGGUGUCACGGCGACUCCGUUGCGGCCUCGCGAGGGGAGACGCGGCCCGCCUCGCGGGUAACAGAGAGGGAGACGCGGGGACUGAGAGGGAGACGCGGCCCGCUUCGUGGGGACUGAGGGAGACGCGGGGAGACUUGGGGAGGGCGAGGCGCUGAGACUUGCAGGGAGUUGGGCCCCCGGCCAUGUCGGCGGUGCCGCUGAGCGCCGCUCCUCCUCCUGCUCCCCCCCCGCGGCCACGCUGCAAGAAGCGGCCCGGGAGCGGCGCGGCCUUCGCGGUCGCGGCAGCGGCGACAGCAACGAAACCCAACAUCAAGAAACGCGCGCUGCAGCAGCCGGGAGUCUCAACUUGCGAGGGGGAGGUGACGACGGCGACAACGACGGCGACGACGGUGGAGGAGAAGGAGGCGGUGCCGGUGCUCGUGUCGGCAGAGCCGGCCGUGAGCAAGGCCCUUCCCUUCAAGAACCCCAGCUUCACCCACUCAGGUCUGGGUGGCGUGGGAGUUCGCAAGUCGCGCGUGUGGAAGAACCUGAAGCAGAUCAUCGCAGCCGAGCGCAGCAUGAACUGGAGCCCUGAUGAUGCCACAUACAGCAACAUCGACGCUCCUCCAUCGUUUAAGCCAGCCAAGAAGUAUUCAGACCUCUCUGGUUUGCCUGCAAGUUACACGGACCCACAGAGCAAACUCCACUUCAGCAAUGCCGAGGAGUUCUCCCAGGUGCGCACGCUGCCCAUGGACAUUGUGUCGGGUUACCUGGCUCUGCGCAAGGCCACGAGCAUCGUGCCGUAACAACGUACAACUCUCCAUGUGUUAGCGCGACUUAAGCGAGGUUGAGCUACGCUGCAAACCACAAGCACGAAUCUUACACACAAAUUAAAUACAGUGUACAAAGCUUACGGUGUAUAAAGAUGCCAUGACAUGCACUGGUUGGUGCUGUUUCAUCUUUUUAUGAAAUCUUUGAGAGGAAGUCACCGCCCUCGGGCUCCUCCACCUGCGUGUAGACUUUCCUCCCGCGCUAGCGCAGGCUGCAGGGCGAGGGAGUGUCGCGCGGAUCGCCGGGAAGAGAUCUCAACUUGAAACGUUCAGUAAUAAUUGCAAUGGUGAGACGAUCCACUCUUAAGUCCAAACCACAACCUGCAUAGAACCCUCUUUUUUGUAAUUAAUGGCAAAUGUCAUUGGAAUGUUGCCAAAAAGCGGUCAUUAUGGGUGUGAUGAUGCAUUGUUUCGUCAAUCUAUAUCGGUUAAGGUUUAGUCAUCGAUAACGUUCCAUUAAGUUCCAUGAAAAUGAUAUGUGAACAUUAAUGUAUUGAAAUAGAAUGACGGAGAAAAGAGAGAAUAUAAGAAUUACGAAUUGGUUAUUGAAUCGGAUUUCGGCUCCGAAAUCGAGAGCGUGUAUCACGUCGCUCGGCGGAGUGAAUUGUUAUUGCCCUGUAGGUCACAGCUGAUGCGAUUCAACUUAGUCUUUCUUUGUUACAUGGAAAAUCCCUUUUAUCCAGUCACCCAGCUAGUUUCCAAGGUAGAUGUAGGAACAAGAACAGCAUCAACAUUAUAGAGAGGAAGAGGCAACAUUGGAAUAACACGUUGGAGGUACAGGCCAAAAUAAUGCAGAAAGAAUAACAAUCGACAUAAAAAACAUCAAAAACGAGGUAAUGAAUGGUGGGAGAGGAGAUGUGCGUGAGGCAAAGGGAAUCCAAGCAAAUGAAACAACCACCACGGGAAUACGAAAAGUAACGGCCAAGAGUUUAUGUACAGGUGCAGUCGAACUGUCCAUGCUGAGCUAGAAUUGAUAUGAAACGAUGUAGGGAGGGGAGGGAGCUGAGCCUAUGCCGAGAGGCGAGGACAUUCCAGUAACGUGGGGCAGCAGCGUGGAAGGAAAUGUCGCCAUACAUAGUUGCAACAGCCGGCAUUUUUUUGUAAGAUCAGGGAGGCACUUCUGAUGUUGCAGCGUGCAAUGGGCGAAGUUUUAUCCUUUUGAUGCCACUGUGCCAUUGCUCCAUCUUGCAAAUCGUUGGACAAUUCUAGUUAUGUCUAAAUUGGCACUUGCUAUAAUGGUAAUAACCACUGUACAAGCGUUUGUCUUUUUUAUGGGGGCAUUGCAGUUCCAUUCUCAUUCCAUCUCGUGGUUGAACUGCGCUCUCUGUGUACCUCCUGCUUAUCAUCGAACUCCAAGGCUGUCACAGAGAGCCAGUUUCGUAUGUUUGUGUACACUUUAAAUACAAAAUAUAUGUGAAGUGUGUAAUAUAUUUAUUACAAUUUAACAUAAAUUUGUCUUUCCGUUAAGUGCUUUAGAUUAAUUUAUAUUAAUGUUGAGCCCUUUGGCAAUCUACCGCUGAAGCCUCCGCAUGCUAUGUUGGUCUUUGGGGACUGUUUAACCAUACUUCACUCGGCUGGUCAGUACGGGUUGAUAACGGGGUGCGGACACUGGACGGUUUCAGAUGGCACUCGCCACUGAUGUUAGCCAUGGCCAGGAAUAAAAUUCAGGUUACCGAGUUCCAAGUGCAGUUCGCUAUCCACUGUGCUACCACUCUUCCCCCAUGUAUUGAGGCAUAAAUAACACAAGUAUACAUCGUGGUGAUCUUGAUUAUUCCAGCAGUAUAUGUAAGUUUCUUACAUUAUUGCUUUAAUCAUACGCAGUGAAUCCGAGUACUGAUGCUCAUUUUGUGUUUUUUUACGAAUCUACUGGCACAUUCGGUCUCAAAAAUACCCAUUACCACUGAUAAAUGUUCUUAUUUAAUAACGCAUCCCCUAUUCAUCGACGACCAAUUCCGUAAAAACACGACCAUUUCGCCACGUGCAUGGCACAAUUGUGUAAUCACUCAAAGUAAGUGGUAAGGACAGUCGACAACCGUGGAAAGUAUUGGGAAUGGCGUCAAUCAUCAUUUGGAGUGGGCCUGUGUGAAUCGUUGGGAGGGCUGGUGGUCAUUCCACAGACGUGAAAUAUUUGUCCAGAGACUUUAGAGAAACUUACAUUGUUACUGAAAAGUUACAGCUGUCUGCCAAAUGCUGGAAAGCCGACUCGCGCGCACUCACGUGUGAAGAUGGCAGUGAUGAUGCAAAUGAGACACAAAUUAUAAUGAUAAUGUUGAUGGUAAUAAUGCAUGACGAUAAUUGAUGGUGAUAAUAUUAGCUAUAAUAAAUGAUGGUCAUGAUCACCAUCAUCAACCAUAGUCCACUGAAUUUCAAUUUAAAGCUUUCGUGACUGUAGGGAUUCAUCUUCUUGGUUCUUUCGGUAAAGUCACGUAUAAGGGAAGUAAUAAAAUAAUAAAAAUAAAACAUAAUAAAAUAAUUCUCACGACAUUUCGGCCACAACGCAAGCAGCCGUCCUCAGGUGAAAACCAGAUCUGUCGAGGCGACAGCGUCUGAAUGAAACAGCACACGUGCUUGGAGCAUAUAUAAGCUGGGUUGGAAGGGGGGGAAAGGGCGCCUUGACAAAAGAAUUUGCAUUUCAAGAGGAAUUUAGCAUAUUUAUGGGAAAUGCAGGUAUGUGAUUAGUACUACUUAUGCCCGUGCAUUAUGCAGGAUUAGCAGCAUCAAAGGGAGGGGAUAUGGGAAAUGCAGGUAUGUGAUUUGUACUACUUAUGCCCGUGCAUUAUGCAGGAUUAGCAGCAUCAAAGGGAGGGGAUAUGGGAAAUGCAGGUAUGUGAUUAGUACUACUUAUGCCCGUGCAUUAUGCAGGAUUAGCAGCAUCAAAGGGAGGGGAUAGGGGUAGCAUUAAUAAAGGGAAGCAGUGUUAAUAGUAUGUAGCUGCAGUAACUAAAACCACCACGUAAACAACUAAAGUAUAAACUACAUAGUAUCAUCAGUAUACUAAAUAUACUCUACAAUAAGCUGAGUUACUAACAGUAAGUAAUACAUUACAAUUCUACGUCGUAAAAAAUAUAAUAUGCUUCCAUCUAAACUUUAUUCUCUUACAUCACACGAGUCUACACCGUACUAUAUACUGCCAUAGACAAACCCAACAUUAAAUUAUAUACUACAUUACUAUACACCACCCUAUACCUUAUACAUUGUAAUAUUACACUAUGUAUUAUUCUACCCACCCUAAUGUAUAUCACACUGCUGUAUAUUCACUAUACAAUUACGAUACUAUAUAUUACUUUGUACAUUGUAUUAAGCAUAUAAAUUGUUAUACUAUUUGUUAUUAUACACUGUACCGUUGACCGUCGUGUGAAAGAUACUAAGAGGAAGCAACGAAAUAUGUCAAUGGGAGAGUAUAGAGAGGAAACUUGCAACGGAGCAAAGAAUCCAUUCCCUGCGGAGAAUACAAUUGUAAUAAAGGACUCUUUCUCAG